GAGCUAGCCGACCGUGCAAGGCCAUGCCACCAUAAACAAAUUAAUCUCCAUGGAAUCCGUUGCCAUCGUGGCGGUGCCGUUCCCGGCGCAGGGCCACCUGAACGGGAUGCUGCACAUGUCGCUGCUGCUCGCGUCGCGGGGGCUCCCCGUGCACUACGCGGCGCCGGGGCCGCACGUCCGCCAGGCACGCGCGCGCGUGUACGGCUGGGAUCCACGGGCCCUCAGCUCCAUCGAGUUCCACGGCUUCGAGGUCCCCGCGUACGCCACCCCGCCGCCGGACCCGGCCGCACCAUCGCCGUUCCCGUCCCACCUCAUCCCCAUGCACGAGGCCUUCGUCGCCGGCGCGCGCACCCCGGUCGCCAGCCUCCUUAAGAGGGUAUCCCCGCACCACCGCCGCGUCGUCGUCCUUUACGAUCGCCUGAGCUCCUUCGCCGCGCCAGAGGCGGCGCGGAUCCCCAACGGUGAGGCGUUCUGCCUGCAGUGCGUGGCCGCUUCAUACGACUCCGCGUGGACGGACGCCGGGCAGCGGCUCCUGCGUGCGCACGGCCUAGACGUCCCGCCCGUCGACGCCUGCAUGGCCAAGGAAUUCGUGGAGUACAUAGUUAGGACGCAGGAGGACGGCCAUGGUCCGGCCGUCCCCGGAUUAGUCAUGAACACGUGCCGUGCGAUCGAGGGUGAGUUCAUCGACGUGGUGGCCGGUGAUCCGGAAUACCGAGGGAAGAAGCUCUUCGCCGUCGGGCCGCUAAACCCACUGCUCGACGCGACCGCACGGACAGAGGGACAGACGCGGCACGAUUGCCUGGACUGGCUCGACAAGCAACCGCCGGCGUCGGUGCUGUACGUGUCUUUCGGCACGACGUCGUCACUGCCGGCGGAGCAAGUCGCGGAGCUUGCUGCGGGGCUGCGCGACAGCAAGCAGCGGUUCGUCUGGGUUCUGCGCGACGCCGAUCGCGGUGUUGUACACGAGGAGUCCGGUUGCGAGAGCCGGCACACGAAGCUGCUUUCCGAGUUCAGCAAGCAAACCGAAGGCACGGGGCUGGUGAUCACCGGGUGGGCGCCGCAGCUGGAGAUCCUGGCGCACGGCGCCACGGCGGCGUUCAUGAGCCACUGCGGCUGGAACUCGACCCUGGAGAGCCUGAGCCACGGGAUACCGAUGCUGGCCUGGGCCAUGCACUCCGACCAGCCGCUGGUCGCGGAGCUGGUGUGCAAGUACCUCAAGGCCGGGAUCCUGGUGAGGCCCUGGGAGAAGCACAGCGUGGUGACACCUGCAAGUGCCAUCCGCGAGGUGAUCGAGAAGGCGAUGGUCGGCGAUGAAGGUUUGGCCGUGCGGGAGCGGGCCAAGGCGCUCCGCGAGUCCAUCCGCGCCUCGGCGGCCGAGGGCGGGUCCUCGCGUAAGGACCUCGACGAUUUCAUUGCUUACAUAGCAAGAUGAAUACUACUACAUGCUGCGGUGCAAUGUGUUGUUAAUCAUGUCUGGUGUGCGUGUGCGUGUGCUGACUGAAUGGAUCGAGUCACCGCACGGACUUGGUUCAGCUCGGUUUGGCGUGUGAGUUCAGGAAACGGGCGUGUUUCAGUUAGCGCGUGCGUGUGUUCAGGCUGACAGAAGACUGGGCGGCCGUAGCUGAGAAAUCGGUCGAGUGGGCGCCAAAUUCGGUCAAGCCGGUGUAUGGAGAUCGUGUAAUCGUGUGAGUAAGCCUACGGGCCAAUAAAUAGAAAAACCAAAAAAAAGAGGGGAGACCCCACAAAAA